AGGAUUGCUGUAUUUUGAGCAUCACAGUCCUCUCUGAGUGUAGCCAUCAAGAAAUACACAUACAUGGACAAGAACUGCUGCCAACUAUGCCGGUUGACUGCCGUCAGCUUAUCUCAUCCCAGCCUCUCAAGCGGCGCUACGUUAAUCGCGCAAUCCCUUUGGCCCCCAUUCUGGGGAUGUGUUGGUUCUCUACUCUCCCUUACUGGGUAGUAGAAGUGACCUGUUUGUUUAUGUCUCAUUGCAUCAAUGCGGUGACGUAUAGCAUGAUCUGUUGAGAAUGGCAGAACGGUCUGGUGGGGAGAGUAUCUCUCGAGCAAGUUUGUCCUACACACCCCCAGACUACACUACCAGC